AUGUCUGCAGAACCGCCAAAACCAACGAAAGAAGAUGUAUUUGUCAAAGUGUACAGUCUCACCACAUCACCCAAACAGGGUCAAGAUGGCGAUGCAUCUGUUGCUAUUGGCCGCAUGGCUGUCACGACCCUCAAAUUCGCAGACGAUGCUUCAACAUUUCAGACCCGUAUUACGCUGGCAGAAAUAAGAACUAAGAUAAACGAAGCUCUGAGCAGCGAACAGACUUUUAAGUUUUGCGCCGACGACUGCUCUCUCGUUCCCGAAGAUGUCACCCUCGAGACAUACAAGCAGAUGAUGCGCAGUAGUGCCAUGCGCGAGGCCAAAAUCCCUACUGUUCUGAUCGCUCCGACCUCUGAGCCUGCCUCUAGCCAAAGCGCUGCUCUGCAGGACUCAUUUAUCAUGAAGUUUAUUCAGGUUGGGGAUAAACCUGAAGAUGCUAAGAACGUCGGAUCCCUUCAUGCAUCGGCUUUCAAAGGCAAAGAUCCGUCGACAAUGAUUUUGGGAGAACUACGACGUCUGAUUGGGAAGAUGUCCGCGGAUCCAAAAAUGCACACGUUUUGUUCUCUCGAUGGUACAGCAGCUGGAGAUGAAUUGACCUUGCAGAAGUACCUUGCUCUGGAUAAUGCCAAGGUUCAUCCCUCUGACGGCACACCAGCUAUUAUAAUACGCUAUCGAAGUAGUGAUGCAAAGGUCUCUGCCGCUGCCUCCAAAUUCCAUGGUGCUAGCCAAGAUGUCUUGCAGGCUAUGGAGCAAAUGAAACCCGAUCUCAGCUUCAAAGACAGAUCAGCAGAGGAGAUGCAUGUCGAUACGACAGCUAUAAACGUUCAGGAAACUCUCCGUUCGUCUGACAUUGCUGCACGUGAGGCAUCCCCGCUCAAGUACACGAGUCAAAUGGACGAAGCUGAUUGGGACUCUGUACUGAGGAACUGUUCCUUAUUGUAUGGUUGGAAAGUCGAUAAGAGGACAAGCAGAAUUGUAAGAGCUACGACCCCAGCUUUCCGGCUUAGAAACAAGCUGCCACCGAGACCGAUAGCCUUUCCUCCUGCUGCUAUUCAACAGCCAGUUAUAAGUCCAGAAACCUCAACCGAGACGCCAGUAGCAUCAACGGCCGGCACUGAAAAAUCACCUGAUAGCCCGAAAGACGUCUCAGUUGAAGGACAAGGAACUGAAGCAACCGUCAAACCCGAAAAACCGACAAGCACAGAGAAGGCGGAGGCAGCCAUCGAAACACAAAAGCCACUCACCGCAGAAGAUGUGGAGGCGCCUAUUCCAGCAAAGCUCGGGGCAAUUCCAUCAUAUGCAAUCAAUGACAGAUCUAGAAUCGAAAUAACCAUGGUGAGCAACGAGUUCCAGGAAUCAAUGGCCAGAAACCAUUUCAGUGCAUCGUCAGUGGAAGCUUCGGCGUCUGGGGGUUGGAGUGGAUACUCAGUAGGCGUCACAGGCGGUGCUGCCCAAGAAAACACGUCUGGUGGAACGAAGACCAAAAAGGGUUAUGCAAAACGGAUGAUUGGAAGCUACAUGUUUCCUCGUGUUGAUGUCUUCCUGAGACCAGAAGAUCUAGAGCCAACCGAGGAACUUCGUACUGCCCUUGAUGGGAUCAAACAGACCAAGAAUAUCAACGCGCUUCGGGAGCUUUAUAGCACCUUUGGCCACCUUUUCUGUCAUUCAGUCACUCUUGGAGGCUGCCUUCAGACUACCAAGGUUGUCGAGAGCGAUGAAGAUGUCCAGCAGAGCAAGGAUAAGGAGUCGUUCAAAGCACAAGUCGGAGUUGCUGUUUCCACUCCAUUUGGAGCUAAAGGAAAUGUCAAGGGGUCGAAAGAGAGCCAGGACAGUGCAGAGGGUUAUAACAGAAUUGCUAAAGCUAACGAGAAUAUGGGAUUUGAGGCCACUGGCGGAAACUCGAUCCUGGCAGCAGACCCGCCGGCUUGGAGUGGCUCCGUCGCAAACUUCAACAACUGGCGUAUUAUCGAGCAGACAGAACUAACACCAAUUAUUGACGCUAUCUCAAAGAUGGCUGGCUAUCGCGAGACUAGGUCGUGGUUCUUUGCCGCGGUUCCUAAGCUGAGUGAAUACAUGGUGAUUCCGGAGUCUAGGAUGCUACAUGUUCGUUUCAAAGUCGCCAGCCAGAACGAGAGUUUUGGCGUCAUCUCUCAAAAGAAGAUACCGGCCUAUCUAGGGCAUCGUCCAAACGAGUCGGUAACACCAGUUCGCACAAAUCUUCGAGUACCAGAUCGACAACCCAAAGAAGCCUUUAAAAAUGGGCCAUUUGGGCUUAUUGGCGACAUGGCCAAGAUAACGGCUCAGAAUCCUGGUUCCUCUACCACCCCUCUCUUUGAGCCAAGCAGGACUCAAACACCUAUCUUACUAUUCCCGUCUGGGGCUGAGCUUGGCACCAAAACAGAUAAAGCAUUCAGCCACGUGGUGUGGCGGUUGGAGAUCGCCAGGGGACAUAGUAUUGGCCCUGAUACCUUACUAUGUAUCAAAACAGCGGCAAUGCGGAAGGCUGAUCUAGCCUUGACAGUAUAUCGCAAUGCUCAAGGAGUAUUUCUUCCUUCUAUCAGCAGCACGGACGAACCAUGCUACUGGCGGCUCGAGCCCGUGGAAACAUCAGGUAUAUCCAGAUUGAAGGGGGAUCGUUACAAGUUCGGCGAGUCCUUCAGACUCACUUGGUCUUUCUCCGAUCAAACUAGCGGCUUCCGAGACUUUGUUGAUGAUUCAUACGGUCGACGCAACCUGAAUCGUCCUGCUGAAAUGAAGAGCGACAAGUUAUGCUUCAAGGUACCUUUCCCACGGUUCGAAAGCAUGUCAUCGGAUUACAUAGCAUUACUCAUGUCGACUGCCUUGACAACGGAUCCUAUCAUUGACAAGAUCAAAGUCCUCGAUGGAUUCAACCAAGAGAAGCCGUAUAACUUCCACGAUCUGACGUUUCGGGUUGAUCUGGUUGGUAACGAUGGUAACGGCGAUAAGGAUGACUACGCAAAUCUUGCAACGACGAGCUGGCAGGAGUUAGAUCAGAAACUUUCACCCGGGGAGAAGUUGUUAGGUAAUAUGCUUGGACCUUCCCCGACGGUUAUUGAUGGCGUUUUGGGGGGUAUGGAGUUUACUCGCUGGUGA